CCGGCCCCACUCCAGACCCUACAUGGCCUACUUGAAGAUAGCAGUGUGCAGGGUUCCUGAUUUGAGAUGACAUGGUGCUGACUGCGGCUCAUUGUAACGAGGAGAAGGGACACAUCACCGUCUCCCUGGGAGUCCAUGACCUUAGACUGUGGGAAUGGAGUAGACAAGAAAUCCCUGUGCGUCGCCGGAUCCCCCACCUGCAAUAUGACAUAUGCAACGACAUCAUGCUGUUGCAGCUGGAGCGCCGAGCCAGGCUCAGUGAAUGGGUGGGGCUUAUCCCCUUGCCCAGUGCCUGGCAGGUCGUGCGCCCUGGGGCCAUGUGCAGCAUCACUGGCUGGGAUGGGACGAGCGCCUGCAGGGCAAUGGGCUCGGAUGUGCUCCGGGAGGUGGACGUGGCGGUGCUGGAGGAUUAUGUGUGUCUGAGGAAUCCUGACCACAUCUAUCAUUACUAUAAUGCCUCCACCAUGCUUUGUGCAGGGGAUCUGAAACAGGGCAAAGACUCCUUUCAGGGUGACGCUGGGGGCCCCCUGGUGUGCGGCAAAACAGCCCAGGGCAUCGUCUCUUGGGGCUCCCUCAAUGGGACCCCCCCUGGGGUGUACACCAGAGUCUCCAGAUUCGUCCCUUGGAUCCUGAAGACCCUGAGAACUCUGCAGCCCUGAGCCCCACUGGGAAUUGCUGCUUGUCUCACAAGUGGCCUCUGGAGGUGCCCUGACAUAGGACCUGCUUUGCAAAGGGCCUGCGCUCCCCAGGUCCCUGCCGCAAGGCAGUGCUCUGCUCAGGCAGCACUCAACCUGUGAGCACCAAGGUCGAGGGCCUAGGGGAGUUAGGAGCCAGAUUCAAGUCCAGUUCCUGUCGGCUCCCUUAGCAAGCCCAACCCAGGCUCUCAAGCUCAGGAAGCAGGUGGUUUGUCUCGGAGCCGAACUCUGGGGCCAACCUGGCUGUUUGUAGCUCACUCCCAUGUCGAGUGACUGUUCGGUGGAGAUCCUUGUCCUCACGCUGCCAGCUGAGUUGUGUUGGAACUGCAGCCUGUCCUGUCCGUGCUAGGGCUGUCCUCUGUGUUUGUUACCUCGGGCUGGCC